AUGUCGGACCAACAGCGCGAUGUCUCCCAGUAUAAAUACUCGGCCAUGUCCAACCUGGUUCUCCAGGCGGACAAGCGUUUCGUUUCAAGACGAAAUGACGAGUCUACCGGCGACCCCGAGUCGCUGGCUGGGAGGCUAAGCAUCCGGGAUAUGGGCAAUCGCGUCGCGCGCGACAGCGCGCCGAAACAAAAGAAGGCACCUGGUGUCCCUGAUAUCGAGCGGGGCAGGGUGCAGGAUGGACAGGACGUGCUGCUACGCGAACAACAGAAGAAGAAGGGUGGUGCAGGACAGAUGCGCGGGACCGGCGUUCUGGGGACCGCCGACUUCGCCAUCGAGGGAAUCACAUACAGACCGCGCACGCCAGCAACCCGUGCAACAUACGAACUCAUUCUCAAAAUUGUUGCCGACAACCUCGGCGAUGUACCCCAAUCGGCAGUUCUGAGCGCAGCGGACGUUAUCCUCGAGUUUCUGAAAGACGAUGACUUGAAAGACAACGAACGCAAGAAGGAGAUCGACGACAUGUUGGGUGUCGCGUUGGGCCCAAAGGAGUUCAACGAGAUGGUCAACCUUGGCAAGAAGAUCACCGAUUACGACGCGCAGGACGAAGAUGAGGACAUGGACGGUGGUGCAGCCGACGGCGCAGAUGAUGCUGAGAUGGACGACCGCCAGGGCGUGGCUGUUGUCUUCGAGGACGAGGAUGAUGACGAACAUGCUGGCAUCGCGAACGAGGUCAGGGAAGAGUCAUCAGAAGACGAGGAAGCAGAUGAAGAGGAUGCGGAGGACCAGGAUAUCCUUGGCGAAGACAAGAAAACCAAUCUUGGUGACGAUGAUGACGAGAUGGUGAUCGAUUCCGCAGGAACCAAGGGUGCGCAAGAUGAGAAGGAAGCGACUGUACCGGCACGGGACAUCGACGCCUUUUGGCUCCAGCGUCAGAUCGGCAAGCUCUACGACGAUCAUCACGAGCAGGUCGACAAGGCUGCGGAAUCGCUGCGAAUCCUGUCUGGUGAGCCAGACGAGGCGGGAGGCGAGGAGAAGUCACUUCGAGAGAUUGAGAACGACUUGAUGGAACUUUUCGACUAUGAACACCACAACCUUGUCCAACUCCUCAUCAAGAAUCGGGAAAAGGUCGUCUGGCUGACACGACACGCCAAGGCUGAUACAGACGAACAGCGAGCAGCUCUGGAGCGCGAGAUGGCAUCAGAAGGUCUACAGUGGAUUCUCAAUGAGAAGUACGGCCGCAAAACGGAGGACAAGUCUCGAAAGAUGGAGAUCAAGAUGGAUAUUGAUGUUCCUGCCGGUGUUGCUUCUGGCAAGCCUGCCGAGCCCGAACGUGCCGAAGGUCAGCUCCGCGGGGGACUGCAGCCGCGCAAACUCAUCAACUUGGAGAAUCUGGUGUUCGACCAGGGCAACCAUCUCAUGACAAACCCCAAGGUCAGGCUACCUGAAGGGUCAACCAAGAGGACCUUCAAGGGAUACGAGGAAAUUCAUGUCCCAGCACCCAAAAAGCAUACCGAUCGCAACGAAGUGCUUGUGCCCAUCACCGACAUGCCGGAAUGGUCAAGGGGCCCUUUUGGCACGACAAAGUCACUGAACCGUAUCCAGACGAAAUGCUUCCCAACGGCUUUUGGAGACGAUGGAAACAUGCUAAUCUGUGCGCCCACUGGUAGUGGCAAAACCAACGUGGCCAUGUUGACGAUAUUGCGCGAGCUAGGCAAACACCGCAAUGCCCAAUCCGGCGAUAUCGACUUGGACUCCUUCAAAAUUGUGUAUAUCGCGCCGUUGAAGGCCCUGGUUCAGGAACAGGUUGGAAACUUUGGAAAGCGACUCGAACCAUACGGUGUCAAAGUUUCUGAGUUGACAGGUGACCGUCAACUCACAAAGGCACAGAUUGCUGAGACGCAGAUCAUCGUUACGACACCUGAAAAGUGGGACGUCAUCACAAGAAAAGCUACGGACAUAAGCUACACCAAUCUGGUCCGACUUAUCAUCAUUGAUGAGAUCCAUUUGCUUCACGAUGACCGUGGCCCUGUUCUCGAGAGCAUCAUAAGCAGAACCAUCAGGAAAACCGAGCAAACCGGAGAGCCUGUCCGUUUGAUCGGCUUGUCCGCAACGCUGCCCAACUACCGAGAUGUCGCCAGCUUCCUCCGCGUGGACCCCACGAAGGGCCUGUUCCACUUCGACGGCUCUUACCGACCCUGUCCUCUCCGGCAAGAGUUCAUUGGCGUGACCGAUCGCAAGGCAAUCAAGCAACUCAAGACGAUGAACGACGUCACGUACAACAAAGUUAUGGAGCACGUAGGUACCAACCGAAACCAGAUGCUCAUUUUCGUCCACUCGCGAAAGGAGACUGCCAAGACGGCGAGAUAUAUUCGCGACAAGGCUCUGGAAAUGGACACUAUCAACAAUAUUCUUCGUCACGAUGCUGGCAGCCGUGAGGUUUUGAACGAAGCUUCGAGCCAGGCGACUGAUAAGGAGCUCAAGGACUUGCUUCCUUACGGAUUCGGCAUCCAUCACGCUGGUAUGAGCCGAAUCGACCGCACUGAUGUCGAGGAUCUUUUCGCCCGAGGUGCCAUUCAAGUCCUGGUUUGCACAGCCACCCUUGCGUGGGGUGUCAACCUUCCCGCACAUUCCGUUAUCAUCAAAGGCACUCAGAUCUACUCACCUGAGAAGGGUAGCUGGGUAGAGUUGAGCCCCCAGGAUGUCUUGCAGAUGCUCGGCCGUGCAGGCCGACCACAGUUCGACACAUAUGGCGAGGGUAUCAUUAUCACAACACAGAACGAAAUCCAGUACUACCUCUCGCUCCUCAACCAACAACUACCGAUCGAAAGUCAAAUGGUCAGCAAAUUGGUGGACAAUCUCAACGCCGAGAUUGUUCUAGGCAAUGUGCGCUCACGAGACGAAGGUGUUGAGUGGCUCGGCUACAGCUAUUUGUUUGUACGCAUGCUCCGCUCACCCGGUCUUUACCAAGUUGGUGCCGAAUAUGAAGACGAUGAGGCCCUUGAGCAAAAGAGAGUCGAUCUUAUCCACUCUGCAGCGUCUGUCCUCCGUAAGUCCAAUCUCGUCAAGUAUGACGAGAAGACAGGCAAACUUCAAGCUACUGAACUUGGUCGCAUUGCGUCUCACUACUACAUCACCCACGGCUCCAUGGAGACCUACAACAACCUCAUCCAGCCAUCCAUCACGACUAUCGAGCUGUUCCGCGUUUUCUCCUUGAGUGCGGAAUUCAAGUACAUCCCGGUGCGUCAAGAUGAGAAGCUUGAACUCGCGAAACUGUUGGGCCGCGUUCCCAUCCCUGUCAAAGAGAGUAUUGAGGAGCCGCACGCAAAGAUCAACGUUCUACUGCAGGCGUAUAUCUCUCGACUUAAGCUGGAUGGUCUUGCACUCAUGGCAGACAUGGUAUACGUGACUCAAUCAGCUGGUCGUAUCCUCCGCGCUAUCUUUGAGAUUACGCUGAAGAAGGGAUGGGCUUCGGUCUCGAAGACUGCUCUGGAUCUCUGCAAAAUGGCUGAGAAGCGCAUGUGGCCGACGAUGUCUCCGCUUCGCCAGUUUCCCUCGUGCCCACGAGAGAUUGUGCAGAAGGCCGAGAGGAUCGAGGUCUCGUGGAGCAAUUAUUUUGACCUUGACCCUCCGCGCAUGGGCGAGCUCUUGGGCAUGCCCAAGGCCGGAAGGACUGUUUGCUCUCUCGUGGCAAAGUUCCCAAGACUCGAACUUCAGGCUCAAGUACAGCCUUUGACACGAUCAAUGCUGCGCGUCGAGCUGAGCAUCACGCCCAACUUCGAGUGGGACGAUGAUGUUCACGGACCAGCUGAGGGCUUCUGGAUUGUUGUGGAAGACUGCGAUGGCGAAGAUAUUCUGUUCCAUGAUCAGUUUCUUUUGCGUAAGGAGUACGCCGAGUCGGAAUCCAAUGAGCACAUCGUCGACUUUACUGUGCCUAUCACGGACCCGAUGCCGCCAAACUACUUCAUCUCCGUCAUUUCUGAUCGCUGGAUGCACUCGGAGACGAGGCUUCCCGUUUCGUUCCACAAGCUUAUUCUUCCUGAGAGGUUCCCGCCUCACACAGAACUGCUAGACCUUCAGCCACUGCCAGUGUCUGCUUUGAAGGUCAAGGAGUACGCAAACUUGUAUCCUGACUGGAGCCACUUCAACCGCAUCCAAACGCAGUCGUUCAAAUCCCUUUACGACAGCGACCAAAACGUCUUUGUUGGUGCCCCUACAGGCAGUGGCAAGACUGUCUGCGCAGAGUUCGCGUUGUUGCGCCACUGGUCGAAAAAGGUAGACUCUGAGGAGCAAGGCGGCGCUGCUGUGUACAUUGCCCCAUAUCAAGAGCUCGUCGAUGUUCGCCUCGAGGACUGGCGCAAGAAGCUUGGCUCCCUGCGCGGCGGCAAGACUAUCGAAAAAUUGACGGGUGAGACGGCGACUGACCUUAAGAUCCUUAAGACUAGCGACCUGAUCCUCGCCACCCCCAUUCAAUGGGAUGUUCUCUCUCGCCAGUGGAAGGGUCGCGCCGAGGUUCAAAAGGUUGCGCUGUUCAUUGCCGACGAGAUUCACCUUCUCGGCGGCUCCAUGGGCUACAUCUACGAAGUUAUCGUUUCGAGGAUGCACUACAUCAGGAUGCAGACCGAGCUUCCCAUGCGAAUCGUCGCACUCAGUGUCUCCCUCGCCAAUGCGAGGGACUUGGGCGAAUGGAUUGAUGCAAAGAAGCACGACAUUUACAACUUUAGCCCGCAUGUCCGCCCGGUCCCCCUCGAACUUCACAUACAGUCCUUCAACACACCUCAUUUCCCGUCGCUGAUGCUGGCUAUGGCCAAGCCCACCUACCUGGCCAUUAAUCAGAUGUCUGCCGACAAGCCUGCGAUCAUGAUGACGAAGAUCGAUUUCCUGCACGCCGAUGCUGAACAGAUGAAGCCCCUCCUUGACAAGAUUGAUGAAGAGGCCCUUGCCGAAACCCUUUCUCAUGGCAUCGGCUACUAUCAUGAGGCUCUCAGCCUCAGCGACAAGCGUAUUGUGAAGCAUCUCUACAACCACGGUGCCAUUCAAGUGUUGGUAGCGUCAAGGGAUGUCUGCUGGGAGCUCAACUGCACCGCCCACCUGGUCAUUGUCAUGGGUACUCAGUACUUCGAAGGCCGCGAACAUCGAUAUGUCGACUACUCUCUAAGCGAAGUUUUGCACAUGUUCGGCAAGGCGCUUCAGCCUUCCAAGGAUGGCAGAGGUCGUGGCGUACUCAUGGUACCGGGUGUGAAGCGUGAGUUCUAUAAGAAGUUCCUCAACGAGGCUCUGCCGGUCGAGUCUCAUCUCCACAACUACCUUCACGACGCCUUUGUUACAGAGAUUAGCACCAGGCUGAUUACGAACGGCGAGGAUGCGAUCAACUGGACGACCUUCACCUAUUUCUACCGUAGGCUUUUAGCCAAUCCCAGCUUCUACAACCUUACAGACACUACGCAAGACGGUCUCAACGAUUACAUGUCUGACCUGAUCCAGACGACGCUCACGGAACUUCAGGAUUCCAAGAUCAUCGAGUUGGACGACGACGAUGGUUCGGUCCUGCCGCAGAACGCUGCCAUGAUCGCGGCAUACUACAACAUCUCGUACAUUACGAUGCAAACAUUUUUGCUGUCACUCAGUGCGAGGACAAAGCUCAAGGGCAUCCUCGAGAUUAUCACGUCGGCCACAGAGUUCGAAACGAUUCAAAUCAGGCGGCACGAAGAUGGCAUCCUGCGCCGUAUCUACGACCGAGUGCCGGUUAAGAUGUCGCAGCCGGCUUAUGACUCGCCCCAUUUCAAGGCAUUCGUGCUGCUCCAGGCGCACUUCUCGAGGAUGCAGCUGCCUAUUGACUUGUCCAAGGACCAGGAAAUCAUUGUUUCCAAGGUCCUCAGCCUGCUCAGUGCCACGGUCGACGUGUUAUCGUCGGACGGUCACCUCAACGCCAUGAGCGCAAUGGAGAUGUCUCAGAUGGUUGUCCAAGGCAUGUGGGACCGAGACAGCCCUCUGAAGCAGAUUCCUCACUUUUCGCCCGAGGUUGUCAAGGCGGCGAAUGAGUUUGGAAUCAAGGACAUCUUCGACUUUAUGGAGGCCAUGAACCCAGACGAGAACGCCGACUACGCGGCGCUCGUCAAGCGGCUCGGUCUUUCGCAGGCGCAGCUGGCACAGGCGGCGAACUUUACCAACGACAAGUACCCCGAUAUUGAGAUGGAGCACGAGAUUGUGGACGGCGACGAGAUUCAAGCAGGCGAGCCCUCGCAGAUCAACGUGACGAUCCAGCGUCAACUGGAAGAGGACGACGAGUUCGAUCCGACGGUCCACGCGCCAUUCUACCCGUCGAAGAAGCUCGAGAGCUGGUGGCUCGUCGUCGGCGAAGACAGCACCAAGAGCGUGCUCGGCAUCAAGCGCGUGACAGUCGGGCGGUCGUUCACCGGCAAGCUCGAGUUCAUCGUGCCGACGGCGGGCAAGCACGAUCUCAAGCUCUUCCUCAUGAGCGACAGCUACGCGGGUGUGGACCAGGAGCGCGAGUUCUCCGUCGUUGCCGCCGAGAGCAUGGACGUGGACGACAGCGACGACGAGGAGGAGGAGGAGGAUGACGAAUAG